UAUUGAACCAUCGUGCUGAACUGAAUAAAAAUGUUUCGAUCUAUUGCUGCAAAGUUAUAUUCACCACGUUCGGAUAAUAUUCAAUUGAUUCGAAAUUUGGUCGUCAGAAUAUCAACAUCAUCAUCGCGUGCACAACCAAAAACAACGGAAAAAUUGGAAGCCAAAGUUGAUCUGGAUAAAUUGGAUAAAAUUAAAGUUCCUGAAUCCAAUUCAUUCGUACAGAAUCUAUUUGCUGGUCGUGCCAAUACUGAAUUUUUCCUACCUUAUCCACAAGUAUUGAAUGAUGAAGAAAUUGGAUUUCUCGAUAUGGUUAUUGAUCCGGUAUCCAAAAUGUGGGAAGAUAAAUGGGAUGAAAUCGUUAAACAAGAAGACACCGAAACGGUGCCAGAGGAUGUUAUGGAAAUGAUGAGAACUAUGGGUGUAUUCGGUAUUCAAGUUCCAGUUGAAUAUGGCGGUAUGGGAUGUAAUAAUACACAAUAUGCUCGAAUGGGUGAAAUGGCUGGCAGAUAUGAUUUAGGCAUCGGUAUCGUACAGGGUGCCCAUCAAAGUAUCGGCUAUAAAGGUAUCGUGCUGUUUGGAUCACCUGCAAAAGAAAAAUAUCUUCCUGAUCUGGCUGCUGGUAAUAAAUUUGCUGCAUUUGCAUUGACUGAACCGUCAGCUGGUUCGGAUGCUGUUUCAAUCAAAAGUCGUGCCGUUUUAAGUGAAGAUGGUCAACAUUAUAUCCUCAAUGGAUCAAAACUUUACAUUAGUAAUGGUGGAUUUGCUGAUUUUUUCACCGUAUUUGCCAAGACCCAAAUCAAGAAUGAAAAAGGCGAAGUCAAAGAUAAAGUGACCGCAUUUUGGGUACCAAGAGGUCCAGGUCUGACUAGUGGACCAAAUAUGAAAAAAAUGGGUAUCAAAUUUUCAAAUACAACGGAGAUUUGGUUCGACAAUGUUAAAAUUCCAAAAGAAAAUGUUAUUGGAGAAGUUGGUGAAGGAUUUAAAGUUGCAAUGAAAAUUUUAAAUAAUGGACGUUAUGGUAUGAUUUGUGCAUUAUCCGGUACUAUGCAAAAAGCAAUCGAAAUGGCAAGCACAUACGCUAAUACUCGUACACAAUUUGGUAAUAAAUUAGCAAGUUUUACGGCUAUUCAGGAGAAAAUUGGUCGAAUGACUUUGGCACAUUUUGUAACACAAUCACACGCUUACAUGAUCAGUGGCGUCAUUGACAAAGGAAUGACUGAUUUUCAAUUGGAAGCUGCUGUUGGUAAAAUUGUUGCUUCUGAUUCAGCAUGGUGGGUUUGUGAUGAAGCAUUGCAGAUUUUUGGCGGUAUGGGUUAUAUUAAAGAUACUGGAAUCGAAAAAAUGCUUCGUGAUACUCGAAUAUUCCGAAUAUUUGAAGGUGCCAAUGAAAUUCUACGAUUAUUUAUUGCAUUAACUGGUCUUCAAUAUGCCGGUGGCCAUUUACGUGAAAUCCAAAAAGCAAUGAAAAAUCCAAUGGCCAAUUUAGGUCUGAUUUUUAUGGAAGCAUCAAAACGACUAAAACGUACUGCUGGUAUGGAUGCACCAAAUAUAACCGAAAAUAUUCAUCCAUCAUUACAAGCGGAAGCACAAAUAUUGUCGAAAAAUAUUAUGCUUUUCACUUCAGCUGUUGAACAUUUACUUAUCAAAUAUAACAAACAAAUUGUUAUGGAACAAAUGUUAUUAUUACGAUUGGCCAAUUCUGUUAUCGAUAUCUAUACAAUGUUAGUGUUACUAUCACGUGUAACAUUAUCAUUGAAUAAAAAUGUUUCAUCAGCUGAAUAUGAAUCACAGUUAUGCAAAUUAUUCAUCGCAGAGGCCAAUAUGCGUGUUAAUCAAAAUCUAACAGCAUUACGAUCACCAGUGAUAUUGAAAAAUGAUGAAUCAAUCAGAAAUAUUGCCACUCAAGUUUUAAACAAUGAAGGUAUUCUACAUCAAUCCCCAUUACAUUCAUAUGAAUCUUCAUAACAAAAAAAAAAUUCUGAGUGCAUGUGAUUAUGAUUUGAUUUCGGAAUAUGAUUUUUUUUAGAAUUCUGAGACAAUUAAAUGGCUGAUUGUAACAUUUUUAAUUUAUUUUAAAUAUUUUCGACAAGACAUAUAAUAUGUUAUUUACUACUAAUGAUGAAAUAAAUAAAUAAACGAUUUUGAUUUA